AUGGAUAACUUUAAGCCUCGAAGUAAAGUGGUGUUCGAGGAACUUUCAGGAGUGUUAGAACAAUCACCAAGUUCAAUUCUCAAGAAAGUUGUAGAAAAACUUGCAAACAAUCAACAGCAUAGGGGAAUCCGUCAUAGUGGGAGAGUUUCUAAGAAACCAGACUUCUUCAUCUAUGAUGGUUUUGGUCGUAUUGGAAGGUUGGUUUUAAGAGUAGCGAACUCAAGGGAUGAUAUUGAAGUGGUAGCAGUCAAUGAUCCUUUUAUUGAUGCUAAGUACAUGACUUAUAUGUUUAAAUACGAUUCAACUCAUGGAGGCUUUAAGGGAAAGAUCAGAGCUGUGGAUGAGUCCACCUUGGAGAUUAAUGGCAAGCAAAUACAUGUUGUAAACAAAAGGGACCCUGCAGAGAUCCCUUGGGGCAAAUUUGGGGCUGAGUUUGUUGUUGAGUCAUCUGGUAUUUUCACUACAGUUUCUAAGGCCUCUGCUCAUAUGAAGGGUGGUGCCAAGAAAGUUGUAAUUUCUGCCCCUUCUACAGAUGCCCCUAUGUUUGUGGUAGGAGUAAACGAGAAGUCCUACAAGCCAAGCAUGAACGUAGUUUCUAAUGCUAGUUGCACUACCAAUUGUCUUGCUCCACUUGCCAAGGUGGUUCACGAGGAAUUCGGUGUUAUUGAGGGUUUAAUGACAACAGUCCAUGCAACUACAGCAACGCAAAAGACUGUUGAUGGCCCUUCAAUGAAAGAUUGGCGUGGCGGUCGAGGAGCUGGGCAAAAUAUCAUCCCCAGUUCAACUGGUGCUGCAAAGGCUGUUGGAAAAGUUCUUCCAGAACUCAAUGGGAAGCUUACAGGAAUGGCAUUCCGUGUCCCUACACCCAACGUUUCUGUUGUGGAUUUAACCUGCCGACUUCAAAAGAGUGCCUCAUAUGAAACUGUCAAAGCAGCCAUAAAGCGUGCUUCAGAGGGGCCACUUAAAGGCAUUCUUGGAUACACAGAUGAGGAUGUUGUCUCUAGUGAUUUUGUUGGUGAUCCAAGGUCAAGCAUAUUCGACGCCAAAGCCGGGAUAGGGUUGGGCAAUUCAUUCAUGAAGCUUGUUUCAUGGUACGAUAAUGAGUGGGGUUACAGCAAUCGAGUAGUCAACCUAAUACAGCACAUGGAACUGGUAGGAUCAACACCCAAGUAAAUUAUUUAGCAAGGUAUGCUAUUGAAACUGAGCGACGCUGCUGCAAUUUUAGUGUGCGCAAUGGUUUUCUUGUUUGGAUUGCUUGUCCAUGUAAUGAGUUGGGCAUCCCAUACCGCAUGCUAUUCUAAAAUAAUGGAAUGAAACCUUACGACAGUGUUUGGUGCUGAAAGUACGAGCGUUAUCUUUGUAAAAAUAAAAAAAGAAAUUGUUAUCCGGUUUCUUAUAUUUAAAAAUUAAUGCAUGAUUCGGUUUCAUUGUUCAA